CUUAUACUGCUGACGGAGCUGGGGUCGCCAAAAAAAGCCUGGAGUGCAAGGCAGCAGAAGGAGGGAAGAGGAGCGAGCAGGAUCGCUGUCGAAAUGGCCACCAAACUGGUGGACCUGGUGUACUGGAGGAGCAUGAGGCGGACAGGUGUGGUAUUCACGGGGCUGGUGAUUGGUCUGGCCAGCAUCUUCCAGCUGAGCGCCAUCACAGUGCUUUCUCAUGUCUGCCUGGGUAUCUUGUGCAUCACCUUCCCUCUCCGUCUUUAUUAUAAGCUGCUGGAGCUGCUGCGCUGGAACCCUGGCAUCCACCCUUUUCAGUCAUAUCUGGACUACGAUGUCUCCCUGACAGAUAAGGACACAGUGAUGCUGGUGGAGGAGGUGGUGCUGCUGGUCGCCUUUGCUGUCACAGAAAUCAAGCGGCUUCUUUUUAUCGAUAACCUGAUCGAUUCCAUCAAGUUCGUUUUGCUCCUUUACCUGCUAACCUAUGUUGGCACAGUGACCAACGGACUGACCCUUAUGAUUGCAGCUGUGAUAGGUGUUUUCUCCCUUCCUCUGUUGUACAAAAAGCAGCAGGUGCGGAUAAGAAGGAUGGCGAGAACCUUCAGAAGUUUGGUGAAGAAAGUCAGAAACCAGUUGGACAGUCUGUAUGGGUCAGUGACAUCCUCCGCUCCCUCUGCCCCUCCAUCAAAACCUGCCCUGCCGCCUGCUGCUGCCGCUGCCCCCAAACAGAAAGCCAAGUCAAAGUAACUUGACUGCACAGUGAGAAGAUUCAGGAAUAUUUGGAAAAUGUUGGAAUGGUUCAUCGUCUGUGGGGCUGCUGAUGGGGGCAGCUCAUUUCCAUAACUCCACCAUGAUUGUUUAAAGGGAGCAACACUUAACUGAGUCUGACAGCAGAAACAAAGCUGCCAUUCACGCAAGGAGGAGGAGGGGAGUUUCAUUCACUGACAUGCUCUCCGCGGGCUGCCUUUAACAUUCACACAGUUGUCCUGUUUUAACUGGGAGAACAAUCAUUGAGUAUACUUGUCCAUUUUUCAUUCUGGACUGCAUACAUUCAAGAUAGAUAACUGACAUUGCUCCCUCUUUCUGAUUGUUGGCAAAUUAUGGAAUGGGCCAUAAAUUGCCAACAAUCAGCAUUAAAAGCGUUGACCUGGUGCACUUUUAAGCAGCAAAUCUGAAAUAAUAAUGCCAGCAUUGUUUUGCUGCAGCCAGCUGUACUGCUAUUUAUUCAGGCCCUAACAGUUACUUUGUUUUCCUCUUGGUUUCAUGCAAUUGGAAGCUACUUUAUCUGGAAUGCAACAACAAAAUGCACAUUUCUUUGAAUAAGAUUUGCACAAAAAAUGUAAAGUAACGUCUUCAAUGAAACUGAUGGUUCUGUAGAAAUGUAGUAAAUUAAUUCGGAGCACCCCCCCCCCCCCCAGUCAGCAGGAUUUCAGAGUGACCCCCACUCGUCCUGUAAAACACUCUCAGGCAAUCUCAGGGGACUUUUCAGCAGAUUUUACCAUGCUCUGUCUAACUGUUGCUUUUCGCAAAUGAAUACAUGUUAUCGGCAAAUAUCAGAGUAAAAAGACACUCAUUGGUCUACUAUAGAAAUUUACAAAGAAAUGUUUGGAUUACAAGAAAAAAAAAGAAGCAAAUUAACGUCAUAAUUUACAGCUGUUGGGGACUAAAAACCUUUGGUGAUGUAACAGAGGUAAAAACACAUGAAAUAAAAACAGGUAAAUAAUUAUUUAGGAUUCUACCUUCACUUUAUGUCAAACGUACAAAUAUUUGGUCAAAUCAAUUUAAUCUCAAUUAAUUUUGUUUGAGUAUUUUUUUGUUCUUUAAAUGCAUUUAGUAUUUCCAAUGAGCAGAUGCUCUUGGUGCUACAACAUAUUAGCACAUACAGUACAUAAAAUGAGUGUCCUUUCAGAAACAUGAUGCUGAAGUAAAUGACGAGCAAGCUUUUCCUGUUUGUGUUAACUAGUCGCCAAAUCUGAAACAGUAAACAGUGACUUUAGA